AGGAUGAUAAUUAGCAUUUUGCAGAGCUUAGAAUGUCACCUGUGUGGGCAUUCUAUAAAUGCAUUCUCAUUAUAAUGGGGCUCGUAAAUAGAUACAUGUAGUCAUCAAUUUAUCAAUCCAUGUUUUGACACAUUCACUACUUAACAAUUAAUUGUGGGUGGAAGCUCCUACAUACAUUGUGAAGUCCAGAAAGGCUCACCAGGGGAAAGGAGGGUCCCAUUGUUUAGGAUACAGACCCAGGAUAGAAAAGAGGCCAGAGAACGUGCCAACCUUCAGUUAGAAUGAUGCCAUUCUUGACCAUCACCACUACUGCCAUCACCUACACACACAAUCACCGGGAUGCUUGCUGAAGUUGCUUUUCUGACAAAGAGAAGGAGAUAGAGAGGCACUUGUUCUCCCCAUCACUCACCCAACCCUAGAGCACAUUUGCAAGGUGAAAGUUAGGGAGGAUGUCUGAAUAGAGGACUAUGAUGGUUAAAAGACCAUGCUUUAGAAACCAGCAAAGCUAAGUUUUAGUCUAGCUACAUCACUUACCUUGGGCAAGUCACUUAACCUUUCCAAACAGUAUUCUUUCAUCCGUAAAAUAGGGAUAAUGACAGCACCUACCUCCUUGGGAUGCUAUGAAGGUUAAAUGAGAUAAUUCAUGUGAAAUGCUUAGCUCAGUGCCUGGUAGGCACUAAGGGUUUAAUAAUUAUCAGCAGUUAAUAUUAUUAAAACAAUUGGCUACGAUGGGGACUAGCUGAGAAGUGUGUUACACUCCACCUUCCUUUUUAACAAGUUUGGAAACGAGACUCACUGCAGCAAGACAAACCUGUGAUCUAGCCUGGAGCUGGUUUUCUUGGAAUGUUUCCUAACAUGUUGAGAUCCCUUGAUUGUUUCAUCUGGCAAGUGAAAGAUCUUUAAUCUCAUGUCCGUGCCAAAGCCAGAAUAAGUAAACAUGUACCACUUUUAGGAUGACACCUGCAGUCCAGAAAUACUGGCUUCCAGUAGCGAGCAUAGACCACAUUGGAGCCAAGCCAUACAUAUGCUAGUGCCUGUGCCUGCCCUGCCCCGCCCAAUAGCACCAGGACUUUGAAUUACAUGUAUUAAUACUCGAUGCCGCUGGGUCAUCUGUACAUAUCACUCUGAGAGCAACUCUACUGAAGCCAGACCCAGUGGGUAAAGAGGGUGAUUGGCUCAGGGCAACUCAUCUGUCCAGCAUUUGGGCCACAGGUCUUCCUGAGGGGAAGUCUGCACAGGUUCUGAGGCCCAACUUACUGGGCUUAAGUCCUGAUGCCACCACUUACUGGUGUAUGAUCUUGAACAAAGUGCUUAACCAUUCAUGUCUUUUGGUUCCCUAUCUAUAAAAUGGGGAUAACUGUAUUUUAUACAUUUUGUACAAUUGUGGUGAGGCUAAGAUAAUCUAUUUAAAGAGCAUUACACAGUGCUUGGCACAUAGCAACUACUCAAUAAAUGUUAGCCAACGAAAUUUACUUGGUCUUUGAGAAAUUGCAAGGAGGCUCCAUCCUGGCCCACAUCCAGAAGCGGAAGCACUUCAACGAGCGAGAGGCCAGCCGCGUGGUACAGGAUGUGGCUGCUGCCCUUGACUUCCUGCACACCAAAGGCAUUGCUCACCGAGAUCUGAAGCCAGAAAAUAUAUUGUGUGAAUCUGCAGAAAAGGUGUCUCCAGUGAAAAUCUGUGACUUUGACUUGGGCAGUGGGGUGAAGUUGAAUAACUCCUGCACCCCCAUAACUACACCAGAGCUGACCACUCCGUGUGGCUCUGCAGAGUACAUGGCCCCGGAGGUGGUGGAGGUCUUCACGGACGAGGCCACGUUUUACGACAAGCGCUGUGACCUGUGGAGCCUGGGCGUGGUCCUCUACAUCAUGCUGAGUGGCUACCCCCCCUUUGUAGGUCACUGUGGGGCCGACUGUGGCUGGGACCGGGGAGAGGUCUGCAGGGUGUGCCAGAACAAGCUGUUUGAGAGCAUCCAGGAAGGCAAGUAUGAGUUUCCUGACAAGGACUGGGCCCACAUCUCCAGUGACGCCAAAGACCUCAUCUCCAAGCUCCUGGUUCGAGAUGCAAAGCAGAGGCUGAGCGCCGCCCAAGUUCUGCAGCACCCAUGGGUGCAGGGGCAAGCUCCAGAAAGGGGACUCCCCACGCCGCAAGUCCUCCAGAGUUCCCUUGAGCUAGAAUGUACUGCCCGGCUCGUCCUACCUGAUUCUCUAGAGCUGCAUCCAGAUGCUUUGGGGCUCCAAACCUCAGAUCCACUUCAGCAGAUUCAUUCAGCACCCGAAGUGCCUGUGUGUGCCCGCCCUGAGCUGGCUGCUGGGAAUGGACACAGAGGCCCAGGCCCUGCUCUUGGAGCUUCCCGCCCUGACGGGGGAGAAGGAUACACACGGGUGGGUUCCAUGUGCCCAGCCCUCCCUCUGAGAGAGCUCUGUGCACAGCCGUGGAGGAGGGUGCGCCGAAUGAAUGGGGCAUUUGUCCCUCAAGUCCAAGGAUCAUAAUAGAGGCUUAAAGCCAUUCCGACCUCAGUGAAGUCAGAUUCCAGACCCAUGCAAGAGCGAUUUUGCAGAAAGCAGUCCUAUGCCGGCUCAGGAAAACCCGGUGGAAGUAUGGACUGCAGCAGUCGGUGGGGGUGUGAGGGAGCUGGCCUGGCUGAGGCCAUUGAGUCCUGCCUCCCUUGUUUCUCUGCUUU